AUGGUACCCUCAUCGUUCGAUCGCUUCACCCGAAGAGCCCAACCCGCGGUGUCGUACGCGUCUGUGCUCGAAGCGUGCUGCGCCCAUCUCGACGGUGAGACUGCUCCCCGUACGACCCCGUUCGCGCGUCGUGCGUCGUUUCUCAAGGACUUCUCCCGUCGUCACUCUUCACCCUCACUUUCUUUUCAACGCGGGAGCCCGUCGCCUGCCGUGCUGCUGCUCUACGCGCUCCUGCACGGGAACGACGCAUUCCGCGCGUACGUCCUCGGUGAUGCUGCGCGACUCUCGAAGGUGCUGACGCCGACGCUGCGGGGGUUGUACGACGCAUCGAAAAGAGAGUCAUACAAGGAAAAAACAGUGUCGGACGGCGACGGCGUCGGCGCCGCGGGGAAAAAAUCAUCACACGACGUCACGUACGUUCUCCUCGUGAUCGUCCUGAUUCUUACGCAAGACGACGCGUUCGGCGACGCUUUGUCCAACGCGUUGAUACCCGUCGGUCCAAAUUGGUACGAAGAGCGGAUGCUGAGACGCACCCCGCUCGGUUCUUUACUCGUGCUCGUGCUCGUUCGAACGGUGCAUCGUCACCUCGCCGGGUCCGAGCCGUUGCGAGACGUGUACCUGCACACGAACUGCCUCGCGGCGAUGGCGAACGUCGCUCCGCGGUUGAGGGGACUGACCGCGUUCGCGUCGCGGCGGCUAGUGACGCUCUUCGAGACGCUGUCGAGGAAACGUGCGAGGGCGCUCGCGAGGGAACUGGAAAAUUCGUCGGAUUUAGUGUCGGGAAAUGCGUCUAACGCCGCGUUUUCCGACGCGGAGGACGACGAGAUCGAACUCUACGCUGACUUCAUGAGGAUCGUCCUCGAGAUCAUCAACAGCGUCCUGACGUACGCGUUGCCGGAUAACCCCGAGCUCGUGUACGCGCUUCUGCACCGCGCGGAGUUGUUCGACGCGCACACGGAGCACCCUCGAUUCGCGGACCUUGUGGGGAACGUCCGUGGCGUCCUGAAUCACUUCUCGGACGGGAUACACCGCGGAGUCGGAGGCGAAUGCGCCAAAGGUGAAGGCGAAGGUGAAGGCGCAGCGGCGGGUCAAAACGCGAACGCGGCCGCGAGGGGGGAGGGAAUGCCCAUGACGACGAAGGAAGUCAUGUGCGUCGUCAACACGCUCGCGAAGAAGUUUCGCGCGGACUCGCACGUCCACGUGUUUCAGGAGCUCAGGUUCGCGUACGAGGAAGAGGCGGACCCCGCGGCGUUUUUCUCGCCGUUUUUGUGGCGGCUCGUCGUGGAGGACGUCGGACGCGCGAGGAGCGCGACGAGAUGGGGCGAGUCGUUCACGAAAAUGGUAGUGGACGGAGCAUCGUGA